AUGCUGCCAUUAAACAUGAAAAUAGACAAGAAACUUUUGCCAAUUAAGGGUCAUUUUAUACUUUAUAGUGCUGGUACCGCUCCACUUAUCCCCUAUUUGUCUACAUAUGCAAGACAAUUGGGAUUUUCAUCGACGACUGUUGGCCUAAUCUACACAAUACUACCAAUUUUUAGUCUUUUAGCAACACCAAUUUUCGGUUUCUUAGCAGAUAGGUUUAGAAUACAAAAAACCAUAUUCAUAUUCUUUCAAAUAGUAAUCAUUGUAAGCUUUGCCAGUAUAUAUUUUAUACCUCAAAGUGGAUUAAAUCUUACGGUAGAGCUAGAUUGUGGUGAUGGUGCUACAGUACUAAAAAGUUGUUAUAGAAAUGCUAGAGAAAUUGACCAAUGCAGUGUCAUGUCUUUGGGUAGUCAAAAUUCCACUACACAAUGCAAGAUGAGCUGUGAUAUGACAUCGCCAAAAAUGUGGCAAACGGUGUGUGAGCAUUGGCAUAUACCGAAAUAUUGUUACAGUCAUACAAAUAGUAUAAAUUAUACGUCUUUCAUUAGUAAUAUUAGUAUGAAAGAGGAUAAAUGUGCUUACAUAUCAACAGACAAUGUGACGCUGGAAGGGUACACUUUUAAACCGAGCUGUCGCAUUGGGGGUGGAUUUGUCGAUGUCAAUGAACCAUGUAUCCUUGACUGUGUAAAUAACCAGCUGUCAAACAUACUUGGGGAAAAUAAGGCGAAUAUGACAUGUUUAAAUGACACAUUAAAUUAUCGUUUGUGCAAUAAAGAUGUCGGGAAUAUGGUAUUGGGAAGUCAAUUGGAUAAAUGUCAGGCUAAUUGUGAGCUUGAUACCUCAGCACCGUGGAAAUUAAUGGAGAUUUGUUCGGGCUGGGGAGCUGACGUCACCGAUGUGUGUAAACCAAAGACACCGGCGGGUGAGCAAUUGCCCAAAACCCUCUCAUUUACUGGCAACAUUCGCUUGUCGUCAACUGUCACAGAACACAGCUGUGUCUUUAUAAGACUUACGGAUAUUGUUAUGCCUGAUGGAACAGUGCACUAUCCGAAUUGCAUUACCAAGGCUCAAUAUGAAAUGGAGAUGAACUUGUUCCAUCCAUUGUGUGAGAUUGAUUGUGAUCAUGCGCAGGUUAACGAGCUUCUUCAAUCGGCAAAAGAUAGUACAAGCGAAGAGACCUAUCAGUAUACGAAACAGUUUUGGAUGUUUUUUGUUUUCAUGAUUUUGAACUGGAUUGCGGGUGGAGUAGUUGUUGCAUUUGCUGAUGCUAUAUGUUUCAAUCUGCUUGGUACUAAAAAGAAUUCUUAUGGAAAGCAACGGUUAUGGGGAUCCGUUGGUUUCGGACUAUUGUCGCUUAUAAGUGGGAGUCUCAUAGAUUUAUUCAGCGCUGGCGCAUACAAAGAUUACACUAUAGCAUUUGUUUUAAUGUUCGUUUUUAUGUGCGGAGAUGUUGUAGUAUCGUCUUUUAUGAAGGUAGAAUCUUUGGCAUUCUCUUUAAACAUAUUAUCCGAUGUUGGAACUUUAUUCAAAUCUGCUCGCAACUGUGUCUUCAUGUUAUGGACAAUAUGUGUCGGGUUAUGUACGGGGUUGCUCUGGCAAUUUUUGUUCUGGCAUAUUGAGGAUGUGGCCAGAUUGACCUGUGACGGUGCGGAUUAUGUGAAGACGUUACAGGGGCUUGUCAGUGCCAUACAGACAUUUGGUGGCGAGAUACCCUUCAUGUUUCUAUCUGGUUAUAUUAUAAAGAAAAUUGGACACGUGAAUGUGAUGAGUAUUGUACUUAUUGCUUUUGGCGUGCGCUUCGUACUAUACUCGUUCCUCACAAACGCCUGGUGGGUUCUGCCAAUAGAAAUAUUCCAAGGUGUCACCUUCGGAAUGUUCUAUCCAACGAUGACGUCGUACGCCAGUCUUGUAUCACCACCGGGAACCGAGAAUACCGUUCAAGGCUUAGUUGGCGCCAUAUUUGGAGGUGUUGGUACAUCACUUGGGAGUUUGAUUGGGGGUUAUAUGUACCAAACGUAUAAGGGUUGGAACACAUUCCGCUGGUUCGGAUUUGGGGCGGUUAAUGUCGGUGUGCUUCACGUCAUAGCGCAGUACUUACUUAAAGAUAAACCGCAUCUUGAUCAAGGUUAUUCGUCUGUGAUUCACUAUGGGCAUACGAAUGAUGCAGUGAAUAUAUUGGACGACGACCCUGAUUUUAUGUAA